AUUCCGUCUUGUGAUGUGUUAUAGCGCUGUCCGAAAGACGGCCUUCGUCUGUCUCGAGCAUGUUGUCUUCGACGAUGUCAAUCAGCAGCAAUUAUUCGACCGUUUCCGGUGCAGAGGCCGCUGCCACUUUUGGUGAUGUCUCCGCCUCUUCUGUUGACGCCGCCGCCUCUUCUGCUGACACCAGAGCAUCUUCUACUGACGCCGCCGCCUCUUCUGCUGAUGUCGCCGCUGGUUCCUAUGACGAUAACACUUCCGGUGAUUCCGCCGCCGCUUCCGUCAUCGACGGUCCACCGCAAUCGCAGGUCUUCAAAGAGAUCGUGAAAAACCAAGUUGAGCUCGUAGUCGUGUCACACCUCAACAGCCCGUCCGACUUUUAUGUACAGCUUAACGCAAAUUCGAAAGUGUUGGAUAUGGUCGACAGCGAACUCGGCAGACACGUGAAAUCAAAACAUGGCGCUGUACCGGUGGGUCACGUGGAAAUAGAUAAUACCAUUAUGUACGCCGUACAAACAUCAGAUAAUAAAUGGUGCCGAGGUGUUGUACUCCACGCCUUCAACGAAAACAAUACAGAUUUGUUCAGAGUACACUUUGUCGAUUACGGUUUUAUGGAGACUUUAACAGCCGACAGAAUUAAAAGUGUGCCAGUCAGUGUUGUCUCAAUACCACCAUUAGCCUAUAAUUGUGCCAUAUAUGAUUUGAAGCCAAAAUAUACAACUGGAUGGUCAAAUGAAGCAUACAUAUUAUUCAAUGAUUUGAUGUCAAUAAAGACAGGUUUAUAUUUUAUAUACCCUUUGGAAAUAAAAGGUUUACGUAUCGGGGUUGAUGUAGUUUGGAAUGGAGACAUUUAUCCUCUGUCCAUACGCGAUGCUAUGUUUUUUUUGGGAUACGGUUCUUAUGAGUAUUAUGUGAACAAACAAUUGCAUCAAGAACUUGUAAAUAUGAUAACAUUGCCUGAUAAUUUAAAACUGGAAGAAGGAAAAAAAUAUUCUGUAAUCUUAUGUCACUUCAUUUCACCAACAGAGUUUUAUAUGCGAAUAGGUGAUGAUACUGCCCAAUUAGAAGAAGUAAUGAAUACACUAAAAACAAUAUACAUACCUACUGCAGAAAAUACACAUAAAAGCUAUUUAUUAUAUACACCACAAAUUGGUAUGGCUGUUGCAGCUAGAUAUUCUAUUGAUGGUCAUUGGCAUCGUGCAAAGAUAACAAGUUUGCCUGAAGAGCGCUUGGUUACAGUUUUUUAUAUAGAUUUUGGCAAUUCAGAAACAUUGCCAUGGGAUGAACUAAGAGUACUCGAUAAAAACCUCAUUAAGACACCACCGCUCGUAAUAAAAGCAUCAUUAGCUGAUGUUAAUCCUGCUGUUGAAGGUAUAGAAAGUACUAAGUGGAGUGAUAAUGCUUGUGCUGCAUUUUUAAAUUUUUCAAAGAUUGAUUACGCUGAUGAUGACUUGAUAGCUUUCAUACACGAAGUUGAUGGUGAUACACACAAAAUUGUUUUGUAUAAUCGUUCUUCAAGAGCUGAGAUUUGCUUGAACAGUAAACUUGUAUCUCAAGGAUAUGCUACAACAAUGGAUCCUAUAUCAUGUGUAUUCAAGAAAACAAACACAAGAAAACAAGUGAAGCAAACAGUGUUACUAAACUCUAGAAAUAAAGAAGUAAUGUCACCAUCCGAUGACACUUUAUCUUUUACUAAGCUGCGAUCAGUUAUUGAAAAUGAAAAUCAUAGUUGGAAAAAUAAGAAAAAUAAACUCCCUGGUAUGCCAAUGUCAAUCGUUAAAGUUGUCAGUCCUGAUGAAAUAAUUCUAAAAAAAAUGGAUUAUAAUACUGAGAUAUUAACUGAAAAAAUGAAUAAAGUUUAUGGUGAUAAAAAAAAUAAAAAAACAAUAUUAGGUUGGAAAAUAAAUGAUUUAUGUGCAAUAUUAAUCAAAAAGUAUGGAAAUUGGAAGAGUAUACACAAUUUGAAUGUUUACUUUUAUGACAUAAAUGAAACAAUUGAUGAGAUACCUAUCAAAACUUUACAUAUACUUGAAGCAGAAUUUCUUAAAUUAAAAUGUGGAAUUCUGCAUUGUGGUUUGAGCAAUUUAGUUCCUUUAGGUGCUUCAGAUGGAAUAUGGCCUAAAUUUAGUUGUGAUCGUCUGAUUGAAGAAUUAAAAAAAUAUCCUUCAGUAUAUUUCUUAAAUCAGGUAAAUCCUCAAGUUAAUAUUGACUAUUAA